AUGUUAAUAUCAUAUUUUGUGGUUUAUGAGAUCUUUUCAGUGGCGACAAUUGGCGUCAAAUACCUGAUACCUCAGACACGGUUCUCCUACAAGAGAUAUUUUGCGGCAGGGUUUUGGACUCUUUGCAUUUAUAUUCUUGAGUUGAACAACGUUAAUGUCGAGAUCUCAGGAGACGAACUGGAAACCGAAAAUGCACUUUUCAUUAGCAAUCACGCAUCCCUGAUCGAUUAUAUCAUUUACCCUUAUUUGGUUCUCAAGUCUACUCGAAAACCAUCAGAGUUGGAAGCGGCUCGAAAAAACGAAAAGAAGGGCGAGCCCGAGAAAAUAUUCGCAAAGGAUCUCUCUUCGAUCCUGCUCCCUCGAAUCAAUUUCUUCACCUGGUAUGCCAUUUGGUUUAUUCCAAGUUUUAGGGUAUUUAGGAACGUGUUUCAGGCAGAUGAGAAUUGGGAACUCAAUGACGAAACGCUGGGAUUUGUAUUCAAAGACAUACUCGAUUCAGAGGUAGUGGAAUGGCUGGUUACAUUCCCUGAGGUGAACAUUUUUACUAAGAAGGAUGCCAAAUUGCAACAAGGCAUGUCCGAGAAAUUUUAUCUCCCAGUCUUGAAUAAUCUGCUGUAUCCGAGAUACUCAAGUUUUGCGAACGCCGUGUCUGGGCUCCACAAAACACAAUUCACAAGAUUAUACGAUACAUCCAUAAUGUAUUACAGACAAACACCACAGGGGAAUAUAUCGUUUGAGGCACCAAACCUUCUUGAAGCCUUUGGUCUAUACGAAGGCCAAAUCACCAUCAAGAUCCAUAAACAAAUUAGAAAAAUGGCUGGAGAGGAAAUGGAUCAAAAAGGAUCGGCUUAUUACAAAGCUUAAGAACGAAGUAGCAAAAGAGCACCUACAAGGUUCUUAAAUGUGACUGGAUGCCAACUCUGCCUCCAAUUUCGAUAAAUCAGCGUCCUCCUGGACCUCUUCUUCUUCAUCGGAAUCCUCGUCUUCUUCUUCAUCUGAAUCCGGCUCUUCCAAAUCAUCCAGCUCAUCCAGCUCACCCAAUCCUCUGUUCUCAAACGUCUCGGUAAUUUUUUCGAUCAGCUCAGAAUCUUCCUCGAAACGAUUACCAUUCAACUCUAGCAACUUUAGCGCGUUCAAAGAUGGAACGACCCUGGCCAGCACUUCUAAGGAAUCAGACUCAAGCUCGUUGUACUGUAGCUUAAGAGUUUCAAGUUUAGAGUCUUUUAGGUCUGCCAAUCCCUGAAUGACCUUCAAACACCCUGCACUCUUCAGAAGACAAUCGUUGACAUUCAACUCCGUCAACUCAGGCCACUUUGGCAAGGCAGAUGCUAGAGCCAAAGAUCCCGGAACAGUGAAUGUGUUGUCUUGCAAGUCAAGAACCUUGAGAUUAUUUAGAUGUGCUAAGCCCUGAUUAAUUAAUUUUGCAAUACCUUGCGGUCUAAUACCAUUUUGAUACAGUCUGAUCUCUUGUAAAUCGGAAUUUGCUUUGAAACCAAUUGCAAGAUAGUCAACAGAACCGUUUUCGAGUCUGUUACGCCCACACCAGAAAGUUUUGAGAGUAGGUGCGUUGUCUUUUUCCUUCAACUUUGCUAAUCUGUAAAGUGCUUUUCCGACUCUCGCACCAGAGAACGGUCCCAAACCGUUGUUGGUCAAAAUAAGGUGUUCGACAGAUUUCGCAGAAGAUAAGAACUCUUCAAGAAUGUCAAUGGUAUCCUGACCUAAGGCAUUGUCGCUAAGAUUUAGCACUUUCAAAGAGGAGCAUUCCAAAAUAACUGGAAAGAAUUCCUUCAGAGAGGCUGGGAUCUCAUUCUUGUCACGAGACGUGUAAAUAUCUUGCAAGUUCAGAUGGAGCAGUGUCGAAGAAAACUUCUUGAUCUCAGCAGCGAGGUAUUUGGAGCACUCUGGCGAAAUGGUGUUUCCAGAGAUAUCGAUCAAUUUAAGGUCUUUUUUGAGAGAAAGUUCUUCCAAAUAAGGCUGGAUGUCAUUCAAAGAGUCAAACUUAAUUCCCUUGUUGGCCAAAGAAAAGCUCUCCUCAGGAGUGAUGCCUAAAUCAAUCUUGUGG